AUGUGCAGCACGCAGCGCGCGCGGGUGUCGAGGAUGCACCUCACGGGGGCGUCGAGUGGUGCCGUGUCACCUGACACCAGCUCCACCCUGCUCCACGAAACGUACACGAAAAUGACUUCGGACAUUCUCGCGGAGAGGACACUAGGAGACUUCUUAUCAGAACAUCCAGGCGAAUUAGUGAGAACCGGCAGUCCGCACUUCGUUUGUACGGUGCUACCACCUCACUGGCGUUCAAACAAAACGCUUCCUGUGGCGUUCAAGGUUGUGGCACUGGGUGACAUCGGAGACGGCACACUGGUGACGGUACGGGCUGGCAAUGACGAGAAUUGCUGUGCGGAGUUGCGGAACAGCUCUGCUGUGAUGAAAAACCAAGUAGCGAAGUUCAACGACCUAAGAUUCGUCGGCCGUAGUGGUCGCGGAAAAUCAUUCACGUUAACGAUAACGAUAUCAACCACGCCACCACAAGUGACAACCUACAACAAAGCCAUCAAAGUCACCGUCGACGGGCCGAGGGAGCCGAGAUCAAAGACCAUGUUGUCUUUGCUAGGGCAGCAACAGCAGUUCCACUUCGCGUUUGGCCAGAGACCGUUCCCCUUCCCGCCUGACCCGCUUGGAGGAUUCCGGAUGCCUCCUAUCACAACAUGUCAAAAUAUGGGUCAGUUCGGUCUUAGUUCGAGCAACUCACACUGGGGAUAUGGAGGAGCAGGCGCAUACCCCGCAUAUUUACCAUCUUGCGCCGCACCCGCCGCGACACAGUUCAACCCACCUGCUCUCGGAUUCGCUGCCACUGUUCCGGAUCAGACGACCACGCAAGAUUUUACGAAUAAUACAGUUCUGCCGGAUACGACGGGAGUAGAUCUGGAUCAGCAGCUGUCGGGUCUCGUCGGGUCGUCGCCGUCCCAUCACGGGAGCCUCCUUCCGCGCUACAACAACAACACUGACUACAGCCUAUCUACGGGACCUCGAUCGUUAAGUGACAACAGUUCUCAACCAGAAUCACCAGUUCAAGAUGACUUACUCACUUCUAACUCGAAUACAAACAUUGGACAUAAUCAUUCAAACAGUUCCAACUUCCCUUCUCUAAUGGGAUCUCAGAACACGUCAUACGGUAGCAGUAAUUGUAACAACUCCCUAUAUCCCGUUCUGCCAGCUAGUUUGUUGUAUAGUCAGUUGUACACGGCGGCUAACCAAACGCAUAAUUUUCAUCCGUUGCAUUCGAAUUCUAUUCAUUCGACGCAAAAUCACCAUAACGAGUUGCAGACGAUGAUGGAUCAAAUAUCGUCAACGACUAACAAUCACAGGCAGCAUGGGAGUCACGGACAAGGGGACUUAUUAUUAGGAGGUGGGAAUUCGUGUGCCGCAGCGGCAGCGAGAGGGGAAGAUGGUAGGGUUAAUAGCCUCGGGCAACGAGGUAAUCCACAACCAGACAGUAACACCGUGUGGCGACCGUAUUAG